AUGCCUCUCGCUGGGAAUGACUGGCUGUACAUCGGACGGAUGGCAUUGACGGAAAGGUUUGUGGAACAUUCUCGGGCUGUCAUGAUCUUCUUCCGAUUAAAUAGCAUCGAGCACGAAACAAGAGUGCUUAACCUGAUAAAGGGAGAGCACAGAGCAGCCUCGUACAAAGAGGUCAACCCAUUUGGACUUAUUCCUGCAAUUACAGACGAUGGAUUCAAUCUUUAUGAGAGCCAUGCCAUAAUGAAGUACGUAGCAGCAACUCGUACUUGCAACGAAGCUUGGUAUCCACAUGAUGUGCAGAAGAGGGCACGAGUUGACGCUCUCUUGGACUGGCACCACAACAACACUCGCAGACACACUGUUGGCAUUGUGUGGAAUGAAGUGAUAUGCAGCAUGUUUGGGCUCCCAUCGGAUAUGCAUAUUGCAGCCCUAUCUCGCCAUGAGCUGCAAUCAUCUCUCUGUGCCAUGGAGCGAGUGAUGCUGGCACAAGCAGACCCUUCCAAGCCUGGUUCACCUCAGUUCCUUGACGCCAACAUCCAUCCCUCUAUUGCUGAUCUCAGCAUCGCAUGCGAGCUGAUGCAGCUCGAGUUAUUGGGUGCUGCAGGCAAGGAAGCUGUUAUAGGAAACCACAAGAAGGUGCAGGCAUGGUUGGAGGCAGUGAGGUUAACAUGCAACCCAGUUUUUGAUCAAGUGCAUCAGGCUCUGUACAGACUAGCCUCACGGGCUGAGAAAGCUAAGAAGCAAGGUACAGAUCAGGCCACUCCUCAAGGAGUUCCUAAUUCUGUUGGAUUCAGGCGCACUAGCGAGAAGAUACGUUCAUCUUUGUGA